UCACUCCCCACCCCACUUACACAUAUCUCCUUAAGCCUCCAUCAAACCCCCAUCACAACUCUUCUCUACUCUCUACUAUUACUACCCCAUCACCUUAAUAACUUCUCCUCACCAUUUCUCCACCUUAAUUUUCUCACUCUCUCUCUUUCUUAUGGCCACCAAUUCUCUACAAUCCCUCCACCACAACCACCAUUCCCUCCUCAAGCUCCAACAUUCAGACACCACCACACCCUCUUCUCUUUUCCUCAAACCAACCACCACCAACACAUCUCUCUCCCUCUCCAUUUCCUCCUCCUCUACCACCACCCCCACCACCACCACCACCUUUUCUAUCUCCCCUACCACUUCCACUACUCCCUCAACUUCACAAACCUUUUCCCUUGACCUCCUUCAACAGCAUCUCUCCGCUCAAAACUUCCGCCAAGCAGAUGAAGAAACUCGUCGCCUUCUCAUAGUUCUUGCUGGUGAAGCUACACAAAAGAGGGGCUACGUCUUCUUCUCUGAGGUACAGUUCAUCUCUGAAAAUGACCUCAAGGCUAUUGAUGAACUAUGGAAAAAAUACAGCAACAACAAGUUUGGUUACAGCAUUCAAAAGAGAAUUUGGCAGCAGAAGGCUAACAAAGACUUCACCAAGUUCUUUAUCAAGGUUGGGUGGAUGAAGAAGCUUGACACUGAAGUUGAGCAAUACAACUAUAGAUCUUUUCCAACUGAGUUCAUUUGGGAGCUGAAUGAUGAGAUACCUGAAGGUCAUUUGCCUUUGACAAAUGCACUUAGAGGAACACAACUUCUCAAUUGCAUUCUCACUCAUCCUGCCUUUGAUGUCGAGGAAGAGGGAGAAGAAGAAGAAGAUAAAAUUGAUGAUGGAAAUGGAGGACUUAAAGGAUUGAUGGGCUCUAAGCCAUUAAGCAAAAGUGUUUUUAAACCAGAUUAUAGCUUUUGAUGAGUUGGAAAAUUCAAGCAGACACCCAGUACAGAAAAGAAAAAGAAAAAAAGAAACAUGGAAUUUGGGCUUUUAAUAUAUGCAAUGAAAGUGUUAUUAAUUGAAUUGUAUCUUUAAUUCUAUACUCUUUUUAAUCUCAUAUUGUUUUUGUUCUGUUUUC